CAUUGCUGCCAGAGGCAGGAGUCUGCCACACAUGCACCAGACUCAUCUUGGUGUGAAGAACACAUCUGGACUAGAGUCAGCCGCUUUGCACGGAAAUCUAGGGCAUUUCCAACCUGCUGCUGAAUGGGCUUCACUGUGAUAGAAAGGCUGAGAGACUCUUAAGAUGAUAUCUGAUGAGGAAAAGAGAGUGGAUAUUAUAGAAACCUUAACAACAAGGAUGGAUUUCUUUUAUUUUACUUUUUUCACCCGAGGCAGACAAGGCAUUAGGUUAAUGUAAAUGAUGGCAGACUGAUGGCAAAUGUGUUGAAGUGAUUGCUUUCAUGCGUAAUAAUUCCCUAUCGGCACAAAGGGCCAUGGCUGAUAAAGCAGUGAAGACGGGCUUUGGAUGGUCACAACUGUUGUUAAUAGAAGGAUAGAUUGGUUUAAAAUAACAUACUAACAUUCUGUUUAAAAACGGCAGUUAGCUGGGACAUGAAAUUACAAUCUGUGGUCAUAAUUUUGAAAGGUUUGUUGGUCAGCCCCACUCUGCUAGAUUGAAUGAGUGAUAGCUUAAAGAACGGUGGUGCAAUGGUUUAUAGAAAAGAACAUUGGGUGGAUUGUGGAUGUGUGUGAGAAGUUAUCCGUAUGGUGGUAGAAGCUUUGAUAUGUAAUAGUGCUGGUGCUGCUUUUCGUCUAGCUACAGAGAAGCAAUUUACUUUGAUUUUGCCCUUUCCUGUUAUGUCUUUUCCAUAGAGGCUUUCUCAGAUAUUUUAAGUGAAGGUAACUGGAUCAUCUGGAGGGGGACAUCUGCAAAAUCCAACUAGCAGGACUGCAUUGACUAGUUUUAGCGUAUAACUGAAAUUGAGACUGUGGUUGGAUAGGUUUAUCUGUCCAUCAAAAUCUUGCUGUGUGAGACGCAACAGUACAAGAUAUUGGGGGAUGCUUUAACAUAAAAUCUGACCAGAUAAAACUCGAUUCCUUUUCUAUGCACAACUGCAUCCGGCAGUCAAUGCAUUUUAAAGAAAAAUGAUGUCUAGCCAACUUGAUCUUAUCUUGGAAAUGCAGCAUGCAGCAUUCAAUUUCUGCAGGGGUGUUGGUGCCCAAUCUUGUUACAGAUCAGAUUUUAAUAUCAGUUACAUUAUUUUUAGAUACGUUCAACUGCAUCCGACUUACAGGAGAUCUAUUAAUGUGCCCACUUCUAACAAUACUUGCUGCCGUUUUGCAAUCAGUGAAGUCCUGCUAUGUACUAUUAAAUGUGUCCCUGGUUUUUUUUAGAUGAUCUGGUAGCCUUAUUUUAAGCUAAUGUAGAUAGAAUGGAUACGGUUAACUAGCUAGGGGACGUUUUUUUGAGUAGAACAGUUUAUAGAAGCUUGCAAGCUUGGUGGCCUGGUAGGAAUAAGGCAUAAACCAAGGACAUUAUUUACCACCUUGAACUGGCGACCUACCGAUUUUUGCACCAGAAAACUGUCCUCAAACAGUUCCAUAAUAUUAAUGGUUGCUUCUAUCAUAAACACUACUUGAAGAAAUGUUGUUGUUCUUGUAACUGUAUCAAAGCAAAAUGUCCUUAUGUUAAAGGAGAAGGAAAUGGUAAACCACUGGGGACAAAUGUUAUGCACCCCCCCAGUAAUUAUAAUCAGAAAACUGCACCAGCCAGCAAGCACCACGGAGCAAUUUUCUUCCUACGUCUUUCUUCCUUCUUUCUUCUUCACGUCAGAUGCACACAUACAGUAAAGUGAAAAGGUGCACUUUAAGUAAAAAGCUGGCUAUUUCACUCUACAGUUUAUGUGCCAUCCAGGGGCAUUGAAAAACAAAGCAGUGGAAGAAGAUGAGUUGUGCUGUUGUGCUUGCUCAGAAAAAACCCAGGGCCAGUGCAGGCCUGUGGUCACUGGCAAGUGAUUAUCACCACUGGGAGGUGCAUAGCACUUGUGAUAUAACCUUUCCUAAUCCUUUAAAGAUCCAUUGGUAGUUCUUAAUGAAAUGUCAUCGCUUAAAGUAGACUCGCCAUUGUCUAAUAUGUUAUUGUCAUAUUCAGCCAUAAGUCUGAAUAGUCAUGGUCUUAUGGAUUGCUUUAGUUAUGAUCUGAGACAAAAUCCAGCAGGGAAAACAUUGUCAGUCUUUUACUAUUGUUGUCUGUAGGAAGACCUUGACUUGUGGCUUAUGUCAAAGGCAAAAUGUUACUUGAGAAAAUGUGUAAGCCAGUGUUUUCUUGCAGUGUUUUUUUCCCAUGAGCAAGUGCUUCCUAGGAUCAGCAAUGGGAAGUGACUGUCAACAGCUCCGCUGAUUCUUUUCCCAGAGGAGAAUCUCGGCAGUCAUCAGCCCUGUGUGCUAUGGUUAUAUGAUUCCAUGAUAGUGACAGACAUGGUGUAAUGAACCAGAACACCUGGGGGGUUAGUUACAACUCAGCACUAGAUUAAAUGAAUGUGUAAAUAAGAUAGGAUGGAACCCGCAAUGUGAAUCCGAGGAAAUUAAUAUUAAGUCAUGUGGAUUAAUUAUUUGUUUAAAAAACUACCAAAACCUCAGCAUCUUCAGUGGCCCUUAAAGUGUUUAAAAUGAAGUUGCCAGUCAUGAAAUAAAAUAAUGAUUAUCGGGCAUGCCAACCAAGGCUAUGCUGCAUGUGUCUUGUGAGAAUGCUGUAGGGCGGUGUUAGGAUGCAACAUCCGGUGGCUCACAGGGAUAUCUGGUAUUAGCUAUAGCACUGGGACUGCAAGCCCAGAUCCCUAUAUUACUGUGCAUGUACAGUGUGUGUGUGUCAGGGGGUGCUUGGGGAGCUGUGUGAAGAGGCUCUUUAUAUUUUCAUAGCUGAUGUUUCAACCUGAGCUUAUCCUGGCAGGGUCCCCCUCAUUGAACAUCAUAGUUUCCGUUCAUUAGUAGCUGGAGUUCGUCUAGAAGCAGAGAGUUUGAGGAAACUGUAUUUAGUACAGCUGAUUCUGCUGAGGGGCUUUGAAUUUUUGGUGCAGAAGAAGGAAAGACUGCACUUGGGGGUCAUCUAAGGAUCUGUGGGCUGAAAAAUUGUAAAUGUAGUUUUUUAACAGCCUUACUUUCAGACUCAUAUGCUGUGUUCUGUAGGCAGAAGAACCACAUACAUUUUAAAAUAGGCAGUAAAAAUCCUAGUUUAUGUUCCAGCAAUUUAUUUAAAAAAAACCCUUAUUAAACGCUUUAUUUCGGAGCAGCAUUAUUUUGCAUGUUGCCUGCCACUGUCUUUAAUAGUACGUCUACACAAGAACGCCAGCUGGAUAGAUCUAUAGGCCUUUGAAUCUGCAGCCACUGAAUAUAGGGAUGUGCUGAAUGCAUCAUAUUUGGAUUUGGCCGGAAAAAAAAAAACACCCCAACAAAAGAUUUGGGCAAAUACCAAACUGAGUCAGAAACUUAAUUUGCAUAUAUUAAAUUGAGAACAAUUAAAAAUGGCAUUCAUUGUGAAAAAGCAAAAUUGUCUAUUUUAAUACAUUCUGGACGCACACCAAUGCCAUAAAAAAAGGCAUCAUUUUCUACUGGUACAACUCAGCACAAUAAAAUGGAAUCACUUUGCUCAUCUGUUCAGGUGCACUCAAACCUGCAUCAAACGCAUAAAGAAAAUGCCCUUAAGGAUAUCCUCAUAUAAACUCAGCUGAAUCCUUUGACCCAGAGAUGGAGAUUGUGAUUCCGAAGGUGGUGUGGCCAGCAGACACUGACCUGCCUUACAGAGGAGAGGGACCAAACUACAGGAAUUCUAGAAAACCUCGCUCUGUUCUGGGUGACACAGGGAAUUACCCAGAUAUCCUGUACAUACAACUGCCUUUGGCAAGUAGGAACCUAUACUUGAACCUGCAGAGGGACCAUCACUUUCUAGCUCCAGGAUUUGUAGUGGAGGAGAAAACCAGGGAUGGAAACACAAUAAAAAGACAAACACUAUUGGAUGAGCUCUGCUUUUAUACUGGACAAGUCCUAAACCACAGCAGUUCUUUUGCAUCCAUCAGUACAUGUGCCGGGCUGACUGGAUACAUUCAUGUAGGAGAGGAGCAGCUCAUGAUCCAACCCAUCAACAGUACAGCAGAGUCCAAGUUCCCCUUGUCUGGAAGAGAACACAUUAUCAGGAGGAAGCGUUCAGUACCUUCCAUCUCACAUAUCCAAUUAAAUGGGGCGCGGAGAAACUGCCAUGUUGUGUCAGGGAAGAAGAAAAAGCAGCGGAAGAGAGAGGAAGGAGAAGACUGGCGCGGGCGUAGGAACGCAAUCCGACUAAAUGAAGAGCACACUGUGGAGACGCUGGUGGUGGCUGAUUCGGACAUGGUGCAGUAUCAUGGAGCUGAGGCUGCCCAGAGGUUUAUUCUGACUGUUAUGAAUAUGGUCUACAACUUGUUCCAACAUCAGAGCCUUGGGAUCAAGGUGAACAUCCGAGUGACUAAACUGGUUCUUCUGCACAGUCGGCCGGCCAGACUCUCUAUUGGUCACCAUGGUGAGAGGUCUCUGGAGAGCUUUUGCCACUGGCAGAAUGAGGAACAUGGAAGCAAGUAUUUGGGGAACAAUCAAGUUCCUGGAGCGAAGGACGACAUUCCCGUAGAUGUGGCUGUGUUCAUGACCAGGACAGAUUUCUGCGUCCACAAAGAUGAACCUUGUGACACUGUGGGAAUAGCCUACCUCGGAGGAGCAUGCAGCGCCAAACGCAAGUGUGUUUUAGCAGAGGAUAACGGGCUGAAUUUGGCAUUUACUGUUGCUCACGAGCUGGGUCACAAUAUGGGAAUGAGCCAUGAUGAUGACCACCCAUCCUGUGCUGGACGUUCUCACAUAAUGUCUGGUGAAUGGGUGAAAGGUCGGAGCCCUAGUGAUCUUUCUUGGUCCACCUGCAGCCGGGAUGAUCUGGAGAACUUCCUGAAGUCCAAGGUGAGCUCAUGCCUCCUAGUGACUGACCCCCGAAGUCAUUACGCUGUCAGGCUUCCCCACAAACUCCCUGGAAUGCAUUACAGUGCCAGUGAGCAGUGUCAGAUCCUGUUUGGCAGCAAUGCCACUUUCUGCAAAAAUAUGGAGCAUCUGAUGUGUGCUGGACUUUGGUGUCUGGUGGAAGGAGAUUCUUCUUGUAAGACUAAGCUGGACCCCCCUCUCGAUGGCACAGAAUGUGGUGCAGAUAAGUGGUGCCGAGCUGGAGAGUGUGUGGGCAAGACCCCUAUACCACAACACGUAGAUGGAGACUGGAGUGCAUGGAGUUCAUGGAGCAUGUGCAGCAGAACAUGUGGCACAGGAGCUCGUUUCAGGCAAAGGAAGUGUGACAACCCUCCCCCGGGGCCUGGAGGUCGCAGUUGCCGAGGUGCUAGCGUUGAGCACAUGGUUUGUGAGAACCUGCCCUGUCCAAAGGGAGUCUCAAGCUUCAGAGACCAUCAGUGUCAGUCCCACGAUCGCAGCAGUAACAAGAAAAAAAGCCCCCUCACAGCUGUGAUCAUCGAUGAUAGGCCAUGUGAGCUGUUCUGCACCCCUGUGGGCCGCGACACGCCAGUGCUGAUGGCAGACAGAGUCCUGGAUGGGACGCCUUGUGGUCCUUAUGAGAUUGAUCUCUGCGUUCAUGGCAGGUGCCAGAAAAUUGGCUGCGAUGGGAUCAUCGGCUCUUCUGCUAAAGAAGAUCGAUGUGGCAUAUGCAAUGGGGAUGGCAAAACCUGCAAGGUUGUGAAAGGCGACUUUAAUCACACUAAGGGAAUGGUUACCAGUAGUCAUUGUAAGAAGGUUUCCACAUGUGUCAUGACAAAGGCAAAGGCAGUCGCCAAGUGUUUCACAUGUUAUAUUGAAGCUGCUGUGAUCCCUGCAGGAGCCAGGAGGAUUCGGGUGGUGGAGGACAAGCCAGCACACAGCUUUCUGGCUCUAAAAGAUUCUAUCAAGAAAUCUAUCAACAGUGACUGGAAAAUUGAGCUUCCAGGGGAGUUUCAGAUCGCUGGCACCACUAUCCGUUAUGUGCGCAGAGGCCUGUGGGAGAAGAUCUCUGCAAAGGGACCUACAAAGACCCCCUUGCACCUCAUGGUGCUGUUAUUUCAUGACCAGAACUAUGGAAUCCAUUAUGAGUACACCAUUCCCGUGAACCAAUCCUCAGAGCAGAAACCUGAACCAGAGAAGCAGCCGGAUCCCAUGUAUAUGUGGACACACAGUGGCUGGGAGGGAUGCAGUGUACAGUGUGGGGGAGGUGAACGACGAACAGUGGUGUCUUGUACGAAAAUAGUGAAUAAAACCAUGGUUAUUGUGAAUGAUAGUCUCUGCCUUCACACGUCUCGCCCUGUGCCACAGGUUCGCAAAUGCAAUGUUCAUCCAUGCCAAUCCAGAUGGGUGGCUGGAACGUGGAACCAGUGCUCUUCUACCUGCGACAGGGGCUUCCAGCUAAGGGAGGUGACCUGUGUAUUCCAGCUACAGAAUGGCACCUUUGUCAACACUCAAGAUUUCUACUGCCUGGGCCCCAAGCCUGCAACAAGGCAGAUUUGUGAGGGACAAGACUGCCUGUCGAUUUGGGAAGCUUCAGAGUGGUCCAAGUGUUCCUCAGACUGCGGCAGGGGCACCAAGAAAAGGCGGAUUUCCUGCAGCAAUUCAAAGGGGAAAUGUGAUUCAGCCACAAGGCCACGGGCUGAGGAAGAAUGUGAGGAUUACACAGGCUGCUACGAGUGGAAGACAGGAGAUUGGUCUAAGUGCUCAUCUACCUGUGGGAAAGGCCUCCAGUCUAGAGUGGUGCAAUGUAUGCAUAAGGUGACAGGACGGCAUGGCAAUGAAUGUGCCAUCAUCUCAAAGCCAGUUGCCUACAGACAGUGCCAUCAAGAGGCUUGUAAUGAUAAAGUCAACGCCAACACUAUCACCUCUCCAAGGCUGGCCGCCCUAACAUACAAGUGUACAGGGGACCAGUGGACAGUGUAUUGCAGAGUUAUCCGGGAGAAGAACCUGUGCCAGGAUAUGAGGUGGUACCAACGCUGCUGCCAAACUUGCAGAGACUUCUAUGCCAACAAGGUGCAGCCACAGAGCUAGUGACCCUGAGCCACACAAUGCAGCAGCAAUGUAACGUACAGAAAGCCAUGCAGCAGCAGCAGUCAUUACAGACUUGACAACAUUUUUUUCAAGCCUAUGCUGCCAAAACAGUCCGUGCCGGCAAACCAAAGAACAAGUAUCACAUAUCCUGUAUACCGGCCACUUGUUCUCCUCCUCUCUUGGUAUCCGCAUGGCUGUUGACCUUGGUCAAAUACAUAUGACUUGAUUAUGGAAUAUUGUGUUACAUACUGCAAACAAAAACCUCAGGCAAGUGAAGCAAGAGAAAACAAAGGGCUAAGAGCUUUCUCCUAGUUUGCCAAAGCUGAAAGAGGUGCAAAAUGAUGUCAUGUUCAUUAGUGCUGUGUGUGCACUGAGAUCAUCUGCUGUGCCGAGCAGUUCUUGGCUAUAAAAUGGUGCCAGACGUGAUGUACUGUUCCAAAGAAAUAUUAAAGGUGCUUAGUGAGUUUUGCACAUAUGCACAGGCCUUUUGUGUUAGGGCGCACGAGAGCCUGUGAAAUUUUACAGGUGUUAGUCUUUCCUAUAAACAAUAGGCACAGCCCAAGCCAUUUAAAUACAUCAAGCCUCUUGUGUGUCUGAAACAAUUCCCUCCCUUGUAACUGACGCACACACACAGGUAAUCCCAUACGGCUCCUUUGUUAUACAGUAAACCUUUCAUUCCAGCCGCAAUGUGAAUGUGUGGGUCAGUAUGGUGCUCAAGAUUUCCUCAACUACAUUCCCAAAUAUCACAACAAUGAAAUGUGCUCCCUUCAAAGAACACAGUAUAGUUUAUAUGUAUGCAUAUGCAUCUCCUAUAUAAUCAAUGCUUUGGUUAGUCUCAAGGUGCUCACAUAUGGGUAGAUACUGACAUUUUGGCCCCGUGAGUCCUGUAUGUAUGUACAUGAUCACCGACUGCUGGCUGAACAUUGCAUUGUGUACAGUGUGUGUGUGUGCAGAGUCCGGCCCCUCUGUUAUCUGCACAUUGGCCUAAAGGCUGAACCAUAAUAUCUGCCAGAUUUGGGCAUUUAGAUUGCAAAAUACACCAAAAAUCUGCUUAUUUUAUGCAAAAUACCACCUAAUUUUGGCUUAAAUCAGUUCUCACAGAACUGGAACAUUGUGACUCUGGUGGGUAAGGGCAUUUCUAGGUAUAAAACCCCUGACAUGUUCCCUGAAUUGUGUGUCCCAUGCCUCAUUAACCGCCUAAAACAGAAAGCUUUGUUUUUUAUGAGCAUUAAAAAAAACCUAAUUCUCCUGUUAACAUCCAGCAAUGCUCCUUGGUCCAUGACUGAUUGUAGGCUUAAACCGGGGUCUGUUGGCAACCUUGCCAUUGAUUUUUUUAAAACAUGCUAUAAGCAUCGGGUAUAAGCUGUACUGUAGGUGAACUUAUUACUGUCAUGAAUGCUAAUGAGCAGCACUCAAAGUAAGAUUAUUAGUUUUAACAACUCAGGUAACAUUUCAAGCUUUUAACCAGCUCAUUAUCAAGGCUUGCUAAAGGGCUAGUCAGAACAACCCCUGACCCGUGGCACUAAUAAUCCACCCUUUUGCAUGUAUUUGGAGUGCUGCUAUUCGGCUCUUAUGACCAAUAUUGGCAAUUCCGGGUUAAAAACCAAUUAAUUUGCUCGUCUACUUCAAAGAGAAAUUUUAUAUAUUUAUAUAUAUAUAUAUAUUUAGUGAUGCCCAAUUUAACCAUUUAAAAAAGAACCAUAUCUUCAAUAAUAUGCAUCUAUAGAGCUUUGACUGUACAACCAUAGUACAAUGUGGUUGUUUUCCCUGACACUCCUGCAGUACCCCCACUGCUUAAUGCUUCAUGACAAGUGGAUAUUCCUCCACAGCUCCAGUCCAACCCACCUCAACCCUGUAGUUAUAGAAUUCAACACUAUGGCCAUAUUGUAUAUUCUCUGGCACUAUCUAUUUCUGUAAUGUGGUGUACACUAUAUAACACAUCAUAAAAUACAUCAUUGAAGUACUGGGAAAUGAACCUGGGCACCCCUGAUGCUGCCAAUGCAAAUGAUUUAUUAGAAAGGUUUAUCUUCCUUUUAUUUCCCCCCUGAAUUGAAAGCAGAAUAUGAAGGGAUUCAUUUCCAUUGAUUUAACUACAUAUAUAUGUGUGGGUGGUACCUGACGUACUCUGCUAAGGCAUUCUCCAUUAAAAUUAUUUUUAUUUAUAACCACUAUGGCUGCUCUUUAUUGAAACCUGAAGAAAAUGCCUUAGCAGAGGCAAGCAGUAUGGCAGCUCAUACAUACAGUAUGUAUGAAAUAGAGAGAUUCCAUUCACAUAACAGUAUAUAAGGGGGGCUGCCCUGCAUACAGAUGCACUAGUAAGUACACCUUAUAACAGUGGUCCCCAACCUUUUUCAACCAAAACUCAGGAAUUCAAAAAUAACUACCUGGUUUGGGGGCACUGUGAGCAACAUCCAAGGGGUUGGGGAGCAGCAUGUUGCUCACGAGCCACUGGUUGGGGAUCACUGCAUUAUAAAGUAUCUGGUAAAUCAUAAGAAUUGUUCCCUGGCUGUGUUAGAACCUCCCCCACUGAUAUUUUUAUUCAUUGUCUUCUGCAAUUAGCCUAUACCUACACUAGUCAAAUACACACCCUACAGAUUUUUGGGUCUUUGGUGCAGAUUCUUCAUAUAAUAUUUAUUCCUGUUUCUUUAGUAAAUGAUUUUAUAGGGCUGAAUUACUAGCACAGGUGAUAAAUAUAAUCAGUGUAUUACACACAACAACCAAUCACAUCUUUGGUUUCCUAAUUUGUAGGUGACUGUUCAAAUCUAAUUCCUUAUUGGUUGCUAUGGGCAACAUCGCAGGUGAUAUUUAUCACCUAUUUUAGAUCAGCCCCUAAGUUUCAGCUCCAUCUGGCUUCUGUCUAAGGUCCCCAUCAGCUUCCUACACCGCUGUGUCUAUCUGCCUUAUAGACAACUGUGGUCUGCUGCCAGAUGGGCUUUUUUGCCAUUGCAAUUGCCCUUGCCCAAAACACAGUGUAAAAGCACUUGAAAUCGCCCUCUGCCCCCCUUUAAUCUAAGGCCUUGCACAUUUUCUAUGGACUCAUUCCCAGUACGAGUACUCACACUUUUAUGACAUAGCCAUUGGCAGCAAUGGGGAGAUGCAGGGACAAUUUCUGGUAUUUUGUUGGUGCAUUCUUUAGGCAAGGACACCCCUCAUAGCUCUGUGUGCCAUUGCCCCAUUACCCUAACUUCCUCUGCUUACAAAUUACUGCUAUAUACCUGUGCUUCCAAGGGUUGAGCAGGCAUUGUUCCUUUCCCUAGCUAUGCUUAUAUGUACAUAUGUAUUUUCAUGGUUCUCCUGUUAGGCAGGCAUUGGAGGAAAAGGGAUGGCUGGUGCCCAGAUGCUGCCGAAACGACUAUGCCACAAGAACAACUGCAUUUGGUGCGGGCAUGCUCUCAUUUUAUCAUAUCUCUCUGUACAUGUACAUGCUAUGAUUAAACACAGGGAGUUUCCCUGCUAAUACUAUGCAUAUAAAAGGCCAUUACUGACCACUGUAGUGUGCUAUAUCCCCGAGCCACUAAGCCGAAUCGCUUGUUGUUUUGUUUUUUAUGAAUGGGGUCUGUGGAGAUUAAAGAAAGCUGUCACCAGCUCGGCAGACAAUCACAUAUAAGGAUAACAUAUAAGGAUAAGUUUUAAAAGAAAAGUGAAGGUAAAAAUCACUAGUGGUGUAAGGUAACCCCCCCUUGGAUUUGAAACUUUCUAUCCUGAGCUGGUGCUCCUCUUUUUCCAAAAAUGCAUAGGCCCAGGGUCCUUUCUUCUAAGUGCCACCCUGCCAUCUUUUCUCACUUAACCAGUCAUUGCAGAUGGCAGCAUGGCCCUCAGAAGAAAGUACCAUGGGUCAGUGCAUAUUUGAAGAAGAGGGGCUCCAGUCUGGGGGCAGUUUAUAAACAAAUUGGCACCCCAAAUGAUUUUGCCUUUGCUUUUUGAUAUAUCUACCUUUCCACUCCUCGUUUUUUUUACCUGGAGGUAACACAGAUUUAAUGAUCACUGAAGGGUAAAUGUUUAGCAAAGAGUCUAACACCAGUGCAAAGGUUGCUGUUUGGAAACUCCUAACUCCCAUGUUACUCUUUAAAAGCUACCAUAUCUCAGGAAGAAACUCAAAUAUGUAUAAAAUAUAAGUAUAUAUGGUGCUUCCCAUAACUGAGUGUGUUUUGUGUUCACUGAACCAGGUAUACUGCCACAAAUCUAAGUAGAAUGAUGUUAUGUGAGUGGGUUAAGCCUUUUAUAUAGAGUACAUAUGGACAGUGGACAGAAUGAGUGAUUUUAAGUCUUUGCCAAAAAUGACAUAAAAAAGUGGAUCUUUAGCAGGUUUUGUCACAAUUUUUAUUCUAUUAUUGUUGUUUUAUUCUGUAUUUUACUGUAUCCAGGUGGUCAUUAGAAAAGCAGAACAAAAUGGCAUCUUUCAUGAUAUUGUUAAACUGUGAGUGUGUGUGUCUGUAGCAUGGAAAGGACUGGUUUCUAUGUAGCAUUUCCCUAUGGUGCUAGCACAACACUUUUGUAUAGAAUUUCUCGUUAUUAUGGUACUGUACACUUAACUAUUGAUUGUGGUGGUAUUGUUGUCUUGGUGUUACCAAAGUAAUGUCUUUAUUGCUGACUUACUAUAACACAGGGAUAUAAAGUCUAUGGCAAAUGUAUCAUUGAACAGAAUGACAUGUCUGUAAAACUGUCUAGUUAGUCUGCUUGUAUCCUGCACAUGGGACAGCUGAUGUGGGGCAACUUCUUUUAUUCAUAUAUGCUCAGAUAAGUGUUGUGCAUUGCAAUGGAUUUAUAAAUAAAGCCCAGAUAAUUUAAAGAACAACA